UGAGUGCAUCAGGAGCCUGCAGAGGAGCGGUGGAGGCUGACUGGCUCUAUCAGGGGCAUCCUGCUCUGGCAUGCCAGGAGGACGCCACAACCCAGGAGAGGGUUAUGAGACAGAGCGAGAGAGCCUGCCCACCACUGGCCAGCGCCAACACAGCACUAGAGAGAGAGUGAGAGAGGGGGGAGAGAGAGAGAGCGAGAGAGGGGGGAGAGAGAGAGAGAGGGGGGAGAGGUCCACCUUCACCAGAGAAGGAACAAAAGCAAGGGAGAAAAAAUAAAGUGCGAGUGAAGAAGAGUGUGAAAGAAAGGAAAAAGACCCCAAAAGAAAGCCAGCGCAAAAAUUGAAUGAGCAAAAAACAAAAUGGUGCAUGAAUAAUAAGGACAACUUAACACCCCCCCAGAUUUGACUUGACAAUCACUCUCUCCACUCUGCUGCUCGGUAAAAAAGAGGGGGAUCGAGGGAGAGGGCUGGCCGAGGGAAGGAGAGAGGAAGAAAAGAGCGACUAGAGAUGACGGAGUGAGGCGAUGGAGAGGAUCAGGGCCCUCAUUAUGCUCCCCCGCGCCCCGCUGGCCUGCCUCCUCCUGCUGCUCCUGUCGGGGGUGCUGGGGGGGCUGGUCCUGUCCAUCUGCCCCUCCGUGUGCUCCUGCAGCCGGGGCCACCGUGUGGUGGACUGCUCCUCACGGCACCUCUCACAGCUGCCCCCAGGCCUGCAGCACAACAUCCGCUUCCUCAACCUCUCACACAACAGCCUUUGUGGUCUGGACGGCCAGCUCAGCCACUACGCCCACCUGCGUACCCUGGACCUGUCCUAUAACCUCCUGGGUCGCUUCCCCUCCGGCCUGCCCAGGGCCCUCUGGGACAUCCGGGCCGCCGGCAACCAGCUCCGAGCCCUGGACAAGAACGACACGGCCUACCAUUGGAACCUGCAGGUACUGGACCUGUCAGCCAACGAGCUGGAGAGGGUGGUCUUCAUCAACAACACCCUGCCCAGCCUACACGCCCUAAACUUGAGUCACAACCGGUUCUGGACUGUGCCCACCAACAUGCCUCAUAAUCUGGAGAUGGUGGAUUUGUCCCACAACUACCUGGUUCAGAUCCUCCUGGGGUCCUUGAACCGGCUGCCCAGGCUGAGGAGGUUCUACCUGCAUGCUAAUCGCUUCUCCUGGGUACCGGAGGGGGUGUUUGACCGGUUGGAGGGGCUCGAGUUCUUGACGCUUGGGGAUAACCCUUGGGCUUGUGAAGAGGAGGAAAACAUCACAAAGCUCUUGCUCUGGGCUGAACACACCCGUGCUGCCGUGUUGGGCUGCCCCUGCUACACUAAGCCAACAUGUGGGCAAUCCCAUUUGGCAACUCCAGGAGGGGAGUGGCACUUUGCGUCCUACACAGAGCCUCCACUGAUGCCAGAGAGCUGGGCCGUGGGGGCCUCCCACCGGCUAGGGCUGCAGUCGUCACUUCUGGGUACUUGGCUAAGUCUGUGUUGUUGGAGCCUGGGACGCAUGGAGACAGGGGUGCAGCCAACAGCUCGGGGGACCAGAACUGGUUUGUGUUCACCUCCACCCCCUCGCACAGCCUCUCCACACGCACAAGCACAAUGGGGCACCCGCGCUCCACCGCCAAGAAGCCCAACACAGGAAGCACGCGGAGCAGAGGCCACGGACUCCACACACAGAUCCUUUAUUCUCUAGUCACCUUGAACCUUCUAGUCAUGGUGACUGCCUUCAAAGCCUUCUAAACCCAUCCGUUGUCAGAGACUAGAGCCAAGUCUUGAAGGAUUUUGGAGACGGCUAACCCUAUGUACGUAUGACCCAGAAUGUUAAAAGGGAGAGGUUUGCUUUUGUUUUGAUUUUAAAGAACGUUCGACUGUUACUGCCUAAAUGUGUAUUCUCUCUCUUCCAACAAUUUGACCACCAUCUACAGAGUGUAGUUGUGCUGUAUGGCUAUACCUUUCAAACUUGUAUACAAAUAAUAUAUUUUGCAAAUGUAUUCACAUACAGUGCAUUCGGAAUGUAUUCAGAUCCCUUCCCUUUUUUCACAUUUUGUUACG